AUGGCAAGCUUGGCAUAUGCACAAGAUGUUGCAGUUGACGCCAGUGCCGAUGCUGAUGCUGAUGCUUGUGCUUCUGGCGAGCUUGAAAAUUACAAUCUUCCACUACGAAUUGGGUCUAUAUUCAUUAUUCUGGGAACCAGUGCUCUUGGUGUUUUUGGUCCAAUUGCUUUGCACCGAAUCAACCCUAAUAGCGAGAGUUCUGCUCGCGAUUGGAUUUUAACUAUUGGAAAAUUUUUCGGUACAGGAGUCAUUCUAGCGACUGCAUUUGUACAUAUGUUGCCCGAUGCCUUUGAGAAUUUUGGAAGCGAUUGUCUGAGUAGUGGGUGGCUUUCGUAUGGUGCUUUUGCCGGAAUAUUUUGUAUGCUUGCAUCAUUUGGUCUCCAAUUACUUGAGCUUUGUGCAAUUUCGCAUCUAAACACCAUCAACAAAAGAAAGGUCUUGACUGCUCGAGAAAAUUCUGCGGCGCAUUUUGAUGAGAUUUCACCCAAGAACCUAGAGUCUGAUGGUUCAAUGAUUAGUGGAACUCACGAUGGGGUAUUUCAAAACGGAGGUGGCCAUGUACACUCUGCUGGUUUCUUGGAACAAGAUGAUUCAUAUAGCCAUAUUGGUACCUUUAUUUUGGAACUUGGUAUUAUAAUGCAUUCAGUUAUUAUUGGUAUCACUCUCGCAACAGCCGAUCGUGAUGAAUUUGUCACCCUUUUGAUUGCAUUGGUAUUCCAUCAGUUCUUUGAGGGACUUGCUUUGGGUACUCGAAUUAAUGAAUUGAAAUACAAGAGCCUUGCAAAGCCUAUCAUUAUGGGAUGUCUCUACAUAUUAAUGACCCCAAUUGGUAUUUCUAUUGGUGUUGGAAUUCAUGCCUCGUUCAAUCCAAACUCGUACUCCAAUGUCCUUUCUCAGGCUAUAUUAGACUUACUCUCAGCAGGAAUCUUGCUAUACAAUGCUUAUGUAUCAUUGAUGAGUCUCGAGAUUAGCCACAAUACCAAAUUUCAUGAGCAGAGUUUGGCUCGUAAGACAGCGUGUUUCUUGUCUAUGUAUGCCGGAGCCGGUCUUAUGUCCCUUAUCGGUGAAUGGGCUUAA